UUCCUCUUGGGCUUUCUCAGCUCUCCUCACCCCUGGCCUCAUGAGACAGGAGACUGCAGAGUCUCUGAGAGCCUUCCUUUAGUGUAGUUCAGGGGCCUCGGUUCAAGGCCCGUAGCUGGAGGAUCCUCACAGCCACACAGGCCUUGCUCAGCUUUCCUCUUGUCCACAGAGGUGUCUGCCUUCCUCCAUGCAGUACUGGACUGGCUGCAGCAGCUGCCUGAAUCCUGCCCAGAGCUGCCUCCUCUCUUCAGAGCAUCCCUAGCCUCUUCCUUCUUACUCCCCAUCCCGUUUCAAGAAGAGGACCCAUGGCCUGGCAAGCCACAUUCCUGCUAUUCUGCUUCCUGCUGGUGCUUCUGGCCCCAGGCUCCUGGGCACAGGACAGAGAGGUCCUUCAAAGAAUGGAGGGACAGACUGUUUUUGUGACAUGCCAGUAUGGUUCCAGCCAACGAUGGAAGGAGAAAGUCUGGUGUCAGAAAACAUCAGCAGAAACUUGUAAAAUCCUAGUGUCAAGUGUGAACACAGGGGCUGCAGGACUACGAUACACCAUCCAGGACCAUCCUGAGUCUCACUUCUUCACUGUCAAAAUGACUGCGCUCAAGCGGAGUGACUCAGGCACCUAUUACUGUGCGAUCGCUGAAAAUCGCAGAACUGACUCUACUUUCGUGCGGAUCACUACUCUCAGAGCCAUCCGCCUGUCGGUGGCAAAAGAUAAUUCAAGUAUUCCUACCUCUGUCAUGAUUCCGACUUGGACAGUAUCUGAAGUUCCCACCUCCAGGACCACAAAGGACCAGAGUACCACUGCUGCCAGGCUCUCCACAUCCAACAUUAUUAUUCUCAUGGUCUGUGGACUCUUCAGUAAGACUCUGAUCUUCACUGUCUUGUUUGUUGUCACACAAAGGUCAUAUGGAUGACAGAGCAUGAAGCCACACAAGAGUGACCUCUGACCUCCAGCCAUGGCUGUCUCACAGGAGGAGCUGGGGUGGAGGGCUAAGAUGGAGCUGUGACAGGAACUGAGGCUGUGAUUGCAGGUGACAUCUAAGGCUCAGGAUGCUCACUUUCCUCAGUUCAUCAGUCAUCUGGGAUGUGUGAUCUCAGAAGAGAGGAAGCAACCCCAGCACACGCUGGCCGUUCCCCCUAAUAGGAGGGUUUAUGAAAUAAAGAGAGCCCAGGUCAUCUCCCUGUCACCUUUUGUGGGAGAAGUGAGGUCUAGGGGUCACCGUUAACAUUCCCACCCCUUGUCUGUCCCUUCUGUGGUCCAGUUCUAGCCACCUGGAUGGGGUCCUUGCUUAUGAAGCAUCCUGCUCUCCAGCCUCUGGGGCCUUCCUCUCUAGGAGUCAGACACUCAGAUUUCUGCCUCCAUCUGUGGUCCUCUGGACACUCCCAACCAUGGACCAAGAAGACAAGAUCCCCCCUUCACAAUUAUGCAACUGGAAGAGAGAAAUCAAGUUAAGUUUGAUGUUGUUGCCUGGGAAACACUUGGAGGAGGGGAUGACAUCCAUUGGAUUGGAUCAGCCCAUGGCGUUAACAUGCUGUGUGUGUUUCAUCACUGACUGCUCAUGCAACCCCUAAGAGCUAAGGCAUAUAUAACCAGAGUGAGGCUGCAGGAGUAAUAGGCCACCACCUCUGGGCAGGAAUGCAAUCUGGACAGUUCCCUUGCUGAAGGGUUCCAAAGGCAGAGAUGGAGAGCCAGGCUCUGCUGCUAGCUGAAUACCCCUUUCCUGUACAGGGACAGGGAAGGGACAAGAGCCAGCAUGGGAGGGGACAAGCAUGGCUGUCCCCUGUGUGCCUCUACCUUCCACUCACCUUCUUUCUCCUCUCAGUCUCCUCCUAGGAGCCCUAUGGCACCAAUGCUUUCUCUGGGACAUUUUCUUGUCUCCCAGCUCUUUGGUCUCUAAAGACAAAGUGACCCUGUGGGUAGGAAAGGAUGGUACAUGAGUUCGUUCUACUUCAGCAAUGGCUGAGGCCAGCUUUAUCCUAAAGUCCCGAAGAGCAAACACAACUCACCCCAUAGCAGCCAGCUCACUUGACCUCAGCCAGGAGGCUGACAAGUGGCUGGACCACCCAUCUCCGGUCAGGAAGGAAACAUUUCAUCACAACUGUGAUGCUUUUUAAAUGUACGCAUCGUAUUCUUGGAUAAUGUCUGACUUUUGAUCUCUGUAAAGUGUGAGCUGUCAUUUCUACCUGUGUGAUUUUUGGCCCUGAUAAUUAGAAGUUCUAGAGCUAGAAUAAUUGCUGUCUAGCAAACCAGCAGCUUAAUUUCUGUACGGGAGUGACAGCACCCACAAUGAGCUGGGUCAUCCCACAUCGAUUAGUAAUCAAGAAAAUGCACCAGAGACUUACCCACAGGCCAGUCUAAUGUAGAUAAUUCCCUACUUCCAGAUAUGUCUAGGUUUAUGUCAAGUUUACAAAAACCAACCAGCACAGGGAUCAAAAUAAUAAUAAUAAUAAUAAUAAUAAUAAUAAUAAUAAUAAUAAUAGCUUUCUCUCUCUCACUCCCCUCCCUUCCCUUCCCUUCCCUGUCAUCCCCUUCUUAAAACUUUUGGUCGAUUGACUUAUUUUAUUAUGAGUAUGUGCACUGUAUGCCUGGUGCCCUUGAAGAUGGUGCCAGAGAGGGCUUUGGAUCCCCUGGAACUAGAGUUACAGACAAUUGCAAGCUACCAUGUGGGUGCUGGGAACUGAACUCAGGUCUUCUGCAUGAGCAACAAGUGCUCUUAACUCCUGAGCCAACUCUCUAGCCUGGCGAAUGGAUUCCUCUUUUCUCCUCAUGUUGUCGAGUUGCAAACUAACUGAGAUGUUGUGUAUGCUAGGUAAAUGUCCUACCACGGAGGGGCGCCCAGCCCUUGUUUUAUUUAAUUUCUUGUUUAUUUUUAAUUGUGUGCAUAUGGAAGGCCGAGGGUGAGUGUUGAUGUGAGUGUCCGAGGAAUCUAGAAGAGAGCAAUGGAUUUCUGGAGCUGGAGUUGCAGACAUGGGUUUCGAAGCUGAACUUGGGCAGUAUGCUCUUUAACCACUGAGCCUGCUCUCCCAACCUAAGCCCUUGUUUGUUUGUUUGUUUGUUUGUUUGUUUUGGGGGGAGGGUUGUUUGGUUUUGUUGAGACAGGAUCUUAAACCCACAAUCCUCCCCUCUUAGCCUACCCAAUUGGGGAUUACACCAUCAUAGCCAGCAGCCUCCUUGUCUUGGUACCUAGCUUUUAUUCUUAAAUUGGUGAGCCCCUGUAGCACUAAUUUAAAAAAAAAACAAAAACAAAAACAAAAAAAAAAAAACACCUCUACCUUAUUUGGGGUGUUUAGACCUCAACCUUCCUUCCAACCUCCCAACCCUACAUAGGAGAGAGAAGGUUAGUGGGGAGAGAGGGGCCCUUUACUUCUCCCAGCUGCUUAGGGUCAAUGGGUUCUUUUAGGGCUCUAUACCAGUCUCCAUCAGCAGCAGGCAUAGUGUUCUUCAAUCCACUACACCCCAAACUGUUUCUUUCCAUCUGUCUGCUCCAAACCGCCACACUGCCCGCCUCUCGGGUCUCUCCAAACUGCUCCUCGCCACAUACCAACACCACAGGGUGGAAAUCAGUGGGCCGAUGGCUCACGGGUGUGCCCAUGGGUGUGCCCGUGGGUGUGCUCCUCACAGCUCUCGGUACACUGGCCUGUGGGAGCUGGCUCAGGGUCAUGUGAGCCACACUCUCAUCGUGUCUUAGGCUUGGCGUUUCCUUUAUUUCAUUUUGGUUCCCUGUUGCCCUGAGGAAAGAUGCUAAUUAAAGCAAUUUAAAAAGGGGGUUUGUUUCGGCUUGCAGUUCCUGAAGGGCACAAUUGUCUUAGCAGGGAAGCCAUGUCAGAGGAGCAGGACACUUUGCUGGAUGGUCACAUCACAUCUGCACUCAGGAAUCAGACAAGGAACGCAAAGUGGGACCCAGCUAUGAAACCUCAAAGCCUGACUCCUGUAACUCAGUUUCUCCUGAGGAACCCCAACCCUAAGGGUGCUGCAAUCUUCCCAGACUGUGCCACCUGCUAGAGGGCAAAUGUGCACACACGCACUAAAAGGGGAAUGUGUCACGGCCAAGCCACCAUACCUGCUUGCCCUGGGGUCUUGGACACAACAGUAACAGGUGGUGAUGCCCCACUUCUUCUCCAGGUAUUUCAACAGGUGCUGGAAGAGGCAACCAGAGUAAAGCCUCUUCACCUCCAAUUCCUUCUCCAUCUGUCCCCGGUUCCUGUCCCAGCAGCUGCAGGAAAAGGACCUCGUGGCCUUGAGGUCCUUGCUCUGACCUCUGCUGCUGUCGCUGCUGCUGUUCCCAGGGCCUUAAGAAAGCCAUGUGGGCCACACAGGAGUUUCCUGGAAGCAUCUGACCCAGCCCAGGCCACAGGUCCCAAGAUGGGUGGCCUGUCUGUCUCAAGCUGGGACUCAAAGAAGCUCCUCCCUGACCUCUGAAUUACACAUCUUCAAGAAAAGGCCAGAACUUGUUCCACAGUCCAGGAUGGCACUGCUCAACACAGAUCUGAGCCCUUCCUGUUAACCUGUUGUUUUUAAACUUGAUGGGAUGCAUCAUGUGCCCCAAGUCAAGUUCAGCCACCCAUCCUCAAUAAGAAAGAGAAAGAAAGAGAGAGAGAGAGUAAGAGAGAAAGAGAGAGAGAGAGAGAGAGAGAGAGAGAGCAAAAUUAAUAGUGAAAAACAGAAACAGGAGAUUUAUUCCAUGUGGCCACACUGGGCAGAGGGACAAAGAGAUCCAUGACUCCCUCAAGUCCAUCUCUGAGGUCCUAAAGUAAGGUUUAAGUUGUGGCCAAAGAUAUGCACAUGGGAACAGUCCUGCCCAUCGUUGACUCCAAUGGGCGUUGGUGUCAUCCUGUAAGGUGGUCUGAGAAGUUAUUAAAGCUGUGUGCAUCCCCUCCCAAGCUAUCCCUUUCCAUCUCCCAGAAUGAGAUUGCUGGGGAAAUACCAACUUCUUUGGGGUCCAUUGUUUCAAUAGUCCAAUAGUAACACUGAGAGACCUAAGUAUCACUCUUAACUUCUCCAUUAGAGCCAGCACCUGCUAACUGUAGGAGCAAAGCCCAGUGCAGACAUCUCUCCACAUCCCAAGUCAUUGAGGGUCAUUCCUGCAUCUCCUGAUAAAAUAAAAAGCUUUGGGCAAAAAUCUAU